AUGCCAUAUCCUCCACACUGGCUAGGCUACCACACUAAACGACCAACGCCACGGAAGCCACCUACAGAUAUACCAAGCCUAAUGCCAUAUCCUCCACACUGGCUAGGCUACCACACUAAACGACCAACGCCACGGAAGCCACCUACAGAUAUACCAAGCCUAAUGCCAUAUCCUCCACACUGGCUAGGCUACCACGCUAAACGACCAACGCCACUGAAGCCACCUACAGAUAUACCAAGCCUAAUGCCAUAUCCUCCACACUGGCUAGGCUACCACACUAAACGACCAACGCCACGGAAGCCACCUACAGAUAUACCUAGCCUAAUGCCACAUCACCCAUCCUCCAAGCCUGUCUUGGUCCCGGAAAGUCCACGUGAGCUGGUCAGAGCUGCCAACCCUCAGGAGAGCUGCAUCACAGCACGGGGCAAAGGACGGUCUCGACAACCUUGGCGUCACGAUUCUGUGUGUUAUAAAGGCUAUGAUAGAUGUGUUUCUGCGCUACAUUCUGCUACGACCUGGCCUCCUAGCCCACGACCUCCUAGCCCACGACGACCUAGCCACGACCUAUUAGCCCACGACCUACUAGCCCACGACCUCCUAAGCCCACGACCUCCUAGCCCACGACGACCUAGCCACGACCUAUUAGCCCACGACCUACUAGCCCACGACCUCCUAGCCCACGACGACCUAGCCACGACCUAUUAG